AUGAGUGCGCAGGAUCACAUGAACCUAGACGUCAACGACCUGGACUUUGAGUUCUCCUUCGACCAAGGUAAAUACCCUAUCGAUAGUCUCAAGUCACUUCAGGAUGUGUUCGCAGCAGCACAGCACGAGAAACAUUUCUCGAACCCCAAGAAUUUCUCUACAUGGUAUCAUCUGGAUGGCGACUCUCUCAGAAAUCUAUUACAGAGUAUUGCGGCUUCGCACCAUUCUACGUCUUCCACUACCCUAUACCCGGCGUCAAAUGAGCCAAAUUUGAGGCCACGAAGACUACUCGCAUUUUUUGUCCCUCUUACACCAACUGCGGACACGUCCUUUGGGAACUGCGCUGCAAUAACUGGAGAGAACGCUAGGGAAUUAUUUCGAACCAUCCAAGUCAAUCCCCUGUUCAUCAUGAACUUGCUAGGGCGCCCUGACUACUGGGCACCGCAGACACAAUGGCAUACAGAAGAUGAUGACUUCUUCUGUCAGUAUGCGCGUUGGAACUUACAGGUGCAAGGCGCACCAGUGUCAGUUUAUAUGCGCUACAAUGCUGCUCUUAACCUUACUACUUAUAUUUUAUCGCACAAGAAGGGGGAUUCUAGCAUAAGAGUCUUGAGCGAGAUCCUGGGCAGCGCUACGAAAAUUGCCAGUUCGAAUAAAAAGGCGGACAUCUUCUUUCAUGAUCCAUUCGACAUUGCGAUAACGCUCUCCACAUUAUCAUUCGAGGCAUCAAAAUAUCAUGUUAAACGGUUUCAGCAUUUUUUGUGGUCUCAGAUCAACAAGAUCGACGAUUAUCUCUCGGACCUGGAGAACGCUAAACGAGACCAAGUGAGCGAACUGACCAGGAGCUUACAAGUUAUCUCACACAAUGCGGAUGCCCACCUAAACAAUGCAGAAGUUACCAUCAGAACAACAACCACGAUUCGCACUAUCCACAGUCAUCUGCAUGGAGCUAUACUAUGGAAAUCACAGAUCUAUGAGAGCUCUGUCCGCACAAUUGACUACGUUAUCGAGUCUUUGCAAAAGCAGAAAAUCUGGUUCCAAAACUACAAAUCCCGCCAGGAGGGCACCUUGAUGAUGGUGUCCAUUCUCGUGUCGCAGCAAGAUGCAGCCAGUAAUAUACAGCUUGCCACUAGUAUGAAGCGGGAUAGCACUAGCAUGAAUGCGAUUGCUGCACUGACAAUGGUGUUUCUCCCGGGAACAUUCAUAGCACUUACAGAACCUUCGCUGACAAAAGCCGGCCAGGCUGUUUUGGAUGCUGGUAUAUUCACGUCGACGGAGAACAGUACACACAUAUCUGUCACAGGUUUGUGGUGGCUAUGGCUUGUGCUUACCCUCCCUCUUACGCUUCUUGUGAUUGCUUCCUGGUGGCUGUACAGGAAACGAAAGCAAUCGGUGGAACUGGCGCCGAACUUCACGGCCGAAGAUGAUGAUGGCAUUGAACUUCCCCCUUUGAACAAUAUGAAUAACCUCCGAACAUGGAUCCGGCGAGUUCGAGCCUUGGGCAGGGCUUUAAGAGAAUGA